AUGAGUCAAUACACAGCUUCCGUGCCCAGCGAUGGCGCCGUAAAGCCCGAAAUCAGAGCCUUCUUCGAGAAAUUCUAUGCCGUCUCAGACACCCCAGGUGGCCACGAGCAAUAUGCCGAUAUGUUCACUGGUGAUGGCACACUGAUCAUGGGGCCCAACAAGACGCAAGGUCGUGACAACAUCAUCAAGAUGCGCGAGGGCAUGUGGGUAAAGGUGGCGAAGCGAUCGCACCAGCCUAAGCAAUUGUAUCCUUUUGGGUCGGGUUCCAACGAUAUUAUGCUGUUUGGGACUGUUGAUUAUACCUUGAGGGAGGGGGGAAGUACGAGCCUUGAUUGGGCAGCGAGAGCGCGUUUUGUUGAGCAUCAGGGAGGACUGAAGCUGGACCAUUAUCAGGUUUAUCUUGAUACUGCGAGCAUGACGCCGAAGAAUUAG